UCAACUGACUAGUGGUUAGAGUAUUAAAAUGAAAUAGACUUGUGUUAUAAUGCUGGAUUAUACUCGGAUAUAUAUACUCGUUAGUUUACAGAAAUCUUUUCUUUUAAAAAUGAAGAGGAAUUCAAGCGGCGUAGCUAACAUUCGUGUUAGAAUCUAAAACCAAAUUAAAGUUCUUUAGAGUUUUCGAUAUUUUCUUUCACUUAAAUUAUAUUCCUUAGCGACAAUGGACUUUAUGGAAUAUAUAGAUGGAGAAAAUUUUACAUUAGACAUUUAUCAAAAUGUUUCAUACAUGUAUCCAACAGAAAUGUUUGAAUAUAUUGACUUUGCGCCGUUUGAUCAAGCUGCUGCUGUUGUUUCAUUCGUCCUGUUUGCCGCAAUAAUCUCCCUAAAUGGACUGGUCAUUUAUGUUCUGCUGUUCAAGAAACAGAAGAAAAGUCGUUUGUUCUACUUUGUACUCCAGCUCGCCAUAGCGGAUUUCCUCGUUGGUGUAUUUUGUGUGCUUGGUGAUGGUAUAACGAGUGCCAUGUACGGAGAGUAUCACGGAGGAGAUUUUGUAUGUAGGAUGUGGAGAUUUAGUAAAACCAUGACCAUUAUCGCCUCCAACAAUAUCCUCAUUGGUAUGAGUGUAGACAGAUUUCUGGCAAUAAAAUAUCCCUUAAAUGUCGUGCGAUUAGGAAUGUGUAGGUUUCUAGACAAGGCUAUGGUAUUUGGAGCUUGGUUUAUAAGUUUAGUUGUUGCAAGUUUCUAUAUUCCGUACAGUAAAGGGGUAAAUGCUAACGCGUCGGCAACCAACCCGAUGGAUCAAAUUGGCGAAUGUAAAAUCGAGUUUCCAGAGCACUGGUGGAAGCCGUACGUGUUGACGGUAGCAAUGAUUGUAUACAUAUUACCUACCAUUGGUAUAACUGUAUGUUAUGUUGGUAUAUGUGUCAUCGUCUGGAUGAAAUGGCGUUCAAGACUAAAGUUGUCGGAGAUUAGCACCAACGCUAGCAGUGUUAAACUUCAAGGAGACAAAUCAUUGAAUAAAGGACUGCUCCCAAAGGCGAAGGUGAAGAGCAUAAAAAUGACCUUGGUGGUAUGUCUAGCGUUUUUUAUCUCCUGGACGCCUUAUUUUGUGACCAUACUGAUGAGUUCUAACGACCCAAAUUCGGUUGAUCCGAGAUAUUUCGUGAUCCUGGGAUCCUUAUAUCCUCUCAACAGUGCCUGCAACCCUUUGAUAUUCAUCCUUUUUAACCACAAGCUUUUCUCGUGUCGACAAAAAGAUCAACAAUCUGGGCAAUCUUAUGAAGGUAUAAGCAGCACACAAGUGACGACCACGUGACUAGCGACGUUGCUCUUGGCAGUGACAAAAAUGUUGCACAUGCGCAAAACAAAUUCAAAUGAUUCCAGAAACAAAAAGGAAUACACACAGCAAUAACGUCAUAAACAGAGUCAUGUGAUAGAUAAAAAACUGUAAACGCGCAAGUGCAGUGGUCGGAGCUUUUUCAAAUUACCUUUCGGCGGUCUUUAGUGGAGUUUAUUUAACAUGUGUACAAGACAAUAUAUACUUGCGACGGCUUUCUAAGCACGUCCUGGAGCAGCACUGGUAUGUUGUCUGGGCUUAUUGAAUACUAUGACAAAAAUUCAUUUACAUUUUUAGGAUACAUAAUGAGUAACAUUAAAGUAAAUAGUUCGAAACCAAUCUAUUGUGGUUUCUACAUAAAUGUACAUCGAACAUCAUUUUCUCAUACAGCGUUUCGACGGUUUUGAAUAAAAAAAGAAUAUUACUCAUUGAGAAGUGAGACAAUUUAUAUAUUGUCACGAGCGCGUGAAAUUUUCUUACGUCAAGGUAUGAUAUAUUCUCUAUUCACUCAGAACCUACAAAUAAUUUUACUGUAUGCUUAUUUACACCGAAGUACGCAUUUUACAACAAAUUUCAAUCUCACUGCGGGAAACAGAUGCGCGAAAACGAAUCUUAUUGCGUAUGUCGUUUAGCUUUAAAAAGACGCACAUGACAUAAGGAUCCAAAUUUAUUCAAUUCAUUUUUAUUAUUUGCAAAUAACAUGAAAUAAUUGUCGUUAAAGAUUUUUUAAUUAAUCGAAAUAGAUUCUAUAAAGAGCAAAGCAUAACAAUUUUCGAAAAGUUAGAAAUUCACGUAGUGAGUGAUAUACAUGGAGUAAUAUGAUUAUAUCUCAUAAACACAGCAUUUCAUCAAUUAGCAUAAAAUAAAAUAUUUCAUUACAAUUUGCCUCUCUUCCUACUUCACGUUGGCAUAGCUAUAUACGGCAUUUUACAUCAGUUUAUAUUAUUUUUUUAUACAUUCAAAAUAGGUGACGGCUUUCUUCGAAUGGUGAAGUUCCUUUAGGACUUUUUUACCUUGCGUUUUGACCUCACGUGCCAUCCAAAUUGACACCGGUGUGUGGAUCUCAGUACUGUCAGUUUAGAUCGCAUGACAUGAAUUGUUGAAACAUAUGAGCUCAUUUAGAAACUUUUUUCAUUCUUUUAUAUGAAUGGUUAAACACAAUACUCCCUACUCCGUCUCAUAUUUUCGCGGAUACAGAUAGGAAUUUUGUACAUGUAUCUAUAUGGUAUUGUUAUGUGAUUAACGGUACAAUGCAAACAUUUUGAAACUCACGUGAAGGUCUCCAAGAAAAUAAGAUUUUAAAAGUGGUCAGUUUUAAGUUGAACACCUCCCAUAUACUCAUAGUGCACAAUCUAUAAAUAUUGUUAUACAGUAUGUUCUUAUUAAUAUUAUAUGCCGUGAUUUAUGGCAACAGAUUCAACUUACGAAAUGCAGAAAACGUAUACAGUUUUGUUAAUGGCUGGUAUUAGUUUAAUGUGUAGAAAACCUGAAUGUGACUGCUAUUAUAAUAGAAAUAAAAAUCCUGAGUGAUAAAUAGAACAAUAAAAAUGAGAAGAUUAAAAAAACAAAUGGGAAUCUAAUAUGUAUUUUACGAAGUCAUUUAGGAUAUUCGAAUCAGGAUAGAUUUGUAAAUGUCGAUCACGUGUGUUCUAUGCCGGACUAAAUUUUCUGUAAGUCAUCUAAGAAAGCAUGUUUGAAAAACACUUCUGUAUUAUAGAUAUGAUUUAAAAGAAACGCGAUUGUGUUGUGGCAACAUAUUUUCAUAUAUCAAAUAUUGUACUGAAUGGUUAAUUGUAAUAAAUAAUUGAGAAAACUCAACAACCAUGUUGGACAUAAAUUUUCAACGAUGUUAAAUUUUGGGUUUAACUUUGUUACAUUUUUGGUUUCUUGGUAUCUUGGAAUUCAUUGAAUAUAUUCUACAAUAGUAUUACGCUUGUGGCGAGAGAGGUGUUACGAAUUGCUUCUUUUAGAUUGCUCGGUUGCAUUCUAUGCUUCCUAGGACUUUAUAAACUGCAACAUCAUCCGUCUUGAAGGGUCUUUUGGCGGCCACAAAAUACAACACCGUACUUGAAGACGGCAUUAUAUGUUUAUACAUAUCAGAAAGCUAAUUAAGGUUCAAUUCAAGCAUGCAGACUGUCAUUAGUAUUCAUUUGUGUACUUAUCAUAUGCUUUUAUUGUUUAAGUUCUGCAUAAAAUAUAAACAAAGAA